CAUACCUUAUCAUACAUUCGACAGCAGCAGUCAUCAGUCACGCAGUCGUCAUUCGCGCAGUCUCACACAUGACAAAAUGUAUUGCAUUGGAUUACCAAUAUGUGAAAAUUUUUUCAACUCUUUAUACAUAUAUUAAUUUAAAAAAUGGAUAAAAAUAUAUAACGUAAAUUUUUCGACAGUGAUUUUGCGCCGAAAGAAAUAUUAAUGUUAUAAAUUAUACCCAGUAAACUUUAUACUAUACUGGAAUUCUUGGCCGCUUACCGCAACUACGAAGAGAUAAAAGACAACAUAAUAGACUUCAGAAACGAAGGUUCGUCAACUCACAGAAGAUCUUCACCAUCUCGAGGAUUAUCCACAACAGAGGAAAAAAUUCCUCAGUCAAAUAUCUAUUCUCCAAUCAGUAUGCAAGAUGAUUUUUACAAGCUUGAGUUGAACGCCGAACAAUUUGAAGAUUUCUCCUCUUUCAAAAAUGCUGUCAAGGAUAAUUUGAAGAAGCAUCCACCUCUUCAAAGUAUCUACAUUAAUCCCACACAUUUGAAAGAAACAUGUCUCGACAUAGCCAGUAAGAAUGGCUUAACGGAGUUUGUGAAUUUUCUGUUGCAUAAUGGCGCGAAUCCCAAUAAAAUAAACGACGCGCAACAUCGCGUUCCUAUUCAUUUCGCUACCGAAGGUGGACACGCAGACACGUUAGAAGCUUUAUUAGAGCAUCCAAAGAUAAAUCCGAAUCUACAAAUUGAAGGCCGAACUGCUUUGCACAUCGCAGUGGAAAAUACCGAUCUGACGUGUGCCCGUCUGUUACUCGAAAGAGGGGCUAGUGCCAAUAUUCCCGAUAACGAAGGUCGUACUGCUCUCCAGCUGGCAACGACGACGAACCAAUGGGACAUGGUAGCGUUGAUAGUACAGAAGUGUACACAAUUUCUGAGCCUGGACGAAUAUGAAGCAAACGGUGAUCAAACGUUACGAGAAGUGAUUCAACAGACCAGGCCGGAACUAGCAUUACCAUCGAUACCUGAAGAUACGGAAGAGGUACUCUUGCAAGAUCUCAAGAACUACUUGAGCGUCAAUGACGAGGAAAAUUUUAUGAAAAAUAUAAUACUCCUCCGCAAAGAAUUUCCUCACGAGAUGGUCGAGGAGUUAUUAAAAAUAGCAGCAGAACGAGGUUUUCACAAAGCUGCGAUUGGAAUCUUGAAAAAAUUUGAAGGAAGACAAUUCAGCGUAAAGAAAGCCGCGCAAGCGGCCGUUGAGCAGAGCGAUCACGUUAUUCUACAGGCGCUGCUGAAAGUUGAACCAAACGCGGCCAACGACCUGAUUCUGAGCGCCUGUCUGGAACUGGGAUUGCCGGGAACACGAGGAGCCGAUUAUACACCUGAUCGGCUGAAGUGUCUGGAACUGAUACUGGAAAAAGAAAACGUGAAUGUUCGUUGCAGCGACAAUGAAGGCAACACUCCGCUACAUUAUGCAGCCAGCGGUGGCUGUCAAGAAGCGGUGACUUUAUUUCUCAACCGAGGCAGCUACAUCGGUCAUAUGAACAAGUUCAACAUACCGCCCAUCGCGGAUAUCUCAGCACACACGCUGUCGCGCUACUUCGACGACUGUUUGCAGUGUUUGCAGACGCGGAGAGAUCGGGCGAACGAGUACGCGAUUGAAUUUAACUAUCGCUGCUUGAUGCCACACGACAACUUUCCGGAACGUAACAAUGCUUACCGAGCGACUCGCGAAAUGGAAGUGUUCAAGUACAUCGCCGGCAACGGCAGUCUCAAACACCUGCUGAAACAUCCGCUGCUCUCUUCUUUCCUCUAUCUCAAAUGGCACAGAAUACGGCACGUUUUAUACGCAAAUUUCGCUUUUUACAUGAUUUUUUAUUUGGUGUUGAACGCUUACAUCCUCAGCAAGACUUACGACACUCAGAUAGAAAAUAAAACGCAAAUUGAUAACGACACGACUGAUAGGCCUUUGGCAAGUACGUUGCGUAUUGUUUGGUGUCAGAACAACUCCCUACGGACCUUCACCACAGUGAUGUUGUUGCUCUUCAUCCUCCGAGAGGUUAUCCAAUUCGUCUCUUGCAUUAGGAGUUAUCUGACGAGUUUGAGAAACUGGCUAGAAGUCGCGUUGAUCACGCUCACUAUUGCCUUGCUGUGCGGCGCCGGAGUUCAAGUCGGUGCCGUGGUGAUCCUGCUGUCGGCCUGGGAGCUGGUGAUCCUGAUCAGCCAGCAUUCGCGCUUGUCCACCGGCAUCGAGAUGUUCCGGACCGUUUCUUUCAAUUAUAUGCGCUUUUUAGUUCCUUACCUGUUUCUUAUCCUCGCAUUUGCUCUGGCAUUCUACACGCUCUUCAAAGACGGCAACAAUACAAAGUUUCCCGAUCCCGGUCUCUCGCUUUUCAAAACUGUCAUCAUGCUCACUGGCGAGUUCGAUGCCAGUAACAUUCCGUUCAUUUCACAUUUUAUUUGGAGCCACAUUGUAUUUAUGCUGUUUGUUUUCUUCAUCGCUAUUGUGUUGUUCAAUCUGCUUAAUGGCUUGGCGGUCAGCGACACCGCUGAGAUUCUGUCUAAAGCCGAGUUGGUCGGACUUAUUUCUCGAAUACGUUUGAUCACCUAUAUUGAACAUGUGGCGGUUGGCGAGCCUUUCAGGCAUUGCUCUUGUUGUAAUUCGCGAUUGACGCGGUGGAACCCUUUCGGGUUCCUCGCUAAAAGAAUUCUUAUGUUUCCUUAUUGCCUGAGGGACGGCAAGAUCAGUGUCAAGCCAUGCAAUAGACUGGAUGCUUAUGAUAACGAUAGAUAUUACGAGAAAUACGUUCGCAGUGAAUCUGUAAAGCGCGACAAACAGUGGACCACCUUGAAAAUGGAUCCUGACAUAAUUAAACAAGCAAAACGUAUUAUUUAUAAUAAAAAUCAAUUGACGGAUAAUGAGAGAACUAUGAUUAUGUUAAAGAAACUGCAGGAGAAAUUGACGGCGAUGGAGAUAACUUUGAAUACUAGAAUACUAUAAAGUUUUGAAAAUAAUAUUAUCGAUAAUACGAUGGGAUUUAAACAUAAGCAAGACAACAUAAUGGACUUCAGAGGCGAAGGUUCGUCAACUCACAAAAGAUCUUCACCAUCUCGAAGAUUAUCCACAACAGAAGAAAAAAUUCCUCAGUCGAAUAUCUAUUCUCCAAUCAGCAUGCAAGAUGAUCUUUACAAGCUUGAGUUAAACGCCGAACAAUUUGAAGAUUUCUCCUCUUUCAAAAAUGCUGUUAAGGAUAAUUUGAAGAAACAUCCACCUCUUCAAAGUAUCUACAUUAAUCCCACACAUUUGAAAGAAACAUGUCUCGACAUAGCCAGCAAGAAUGGUUUAACGGAGUUCGUGAAUUUUCUGUUGCGUAAUGGCGCGAAUCCCAAUAAAAUAAACGAUGCGCAACACCGCGCUCCUAUUCAUUUCGCUACCGAAGGUGGACACGCAGACACGUUAGAAGCUUUAUUAGAGCAUCCAAAGAUAAAUCCGAAUCUACAAGUAGAAGGCCGAACUGCCUUGCACAUCGCAGUGGAGAAUACCGAUCUGACGUGUGCCCGUCUGUUACUCGAAAGAGGAGCUAGUGCCAAUAUUCCCGAUAGCGAAGGUCGUACUGCUCUCCAGCUGGCAACGACGACGAACCAAUGGGACAUGGUAGCGUUGAUAAUACAGAAGUGUACACAAUUUCUGAGCCUGGACGAAUAUGAAGCAAACGGUGAUCGAACGUUACGAGAAGUGAUUCAACAGACAAUGCCGGAACUAGCAUUACCACCGAUACCUGAAGAUACGCAAGAGGUACUCUUGCAAGAUCUCAAGAACUACUUGAGCGUCAAUGACGAGGAGAAUUUUAUGAAAAAUAUAACACUCCUCCACAAAGAAUUUCCUCACGAGGUGGUCGAGGAUUUAUUAAAAAUAGCAGCAGAACGUGAUUUUCACAAAGCUGUUAGGGCAAUUAAAAAGCAGUAUACAGAGAAGUCCUAUAGAAGCACGUUCAUAUUAUCGGAAGCCAUAAGCACAGCUUUUCGCGAGGGUUAUUGUGAUACUCUUCGUGAAUUAUUGGACAUUGGAUCAUUGGAGCCUGAGGUAGCCAACGAUUUGAUUUUAAGCGCCUGCACGAAGUUGAAAAUGCUGAAAUUUGAUGCUGCAUCCAAUCAUCUCGAAUGUCUAAAGUUAAUUCUGGAGACGAGAGGAGUAAGUGUCCGUUUCCCCGACAGUCAAGGCAAUACGCCGUUGCAUUAUGCAGCUAGAGAAAGCUGUCGCGAAGCGAUAACUCUGUUUCUCAAACAUGGCAGUUGCAUCGGUUACAUGAAUAGAUUCAAUGAACCACCGAUAGCACAAAUUCCGACGAACACGCUAUUGGAGCAUUUUGACAACUGUGUGCAGCUCAAGGAUGAGUCUGAGUUAGAGUUUAAUUAUCGCUGUCUGAUGCCACACGAAACUGGUACAAUGACUUGUGAAAUGGAAACAUUCAUGUAUAUUGCUCGUGAUGAAAAUCUCAAACAUCUGCUAAAACAUCCGUUACUCUCGUCUUUUCUCUAUAUCAAAUGGUAUAGAAUACGGUAUUUCUUGUAUGCGAAUUUUAUUUUUUAUUUUAUCUUUUAUUUAUUGUUAAAUGCCUACAUCCUGUGUAUGACUUACGACACGCGAAAGGAAAAUGGAACGCAAAUUAUUGGUAACGAUAGCUCUCAGGUAGUUCCGAAAAAUAGCAUGAAAACCGCUUGUUACAGCCUUUUCUGGCCCGUCAUAGUGAUGCUACCGCUCUUUAUUUUCCGGGAGAUCCUCCAAUUGGCUUUCUGUCCUCGGCGCUAUUUCACGGACUUGAGAAACUGGUUGCAGAUCAUGCUAAUCACGUUAAUCGUCAUUGUGCUAUGUAAUGCGAGUAUCGAGAUCGGAACUAUGGUGAUCUUACUGUCCGCCUGGGAGCUGGUGACCCAGAUCGGUCAUGAUCCGCGCAUGUCCACCAGCGUCGAGAUGUUCCGAACGGUCUCCUUCAAUUUCAUGCGCUUUCUCUCCCCAUACUUGUUUCUUAUCUUUGCAUUUGCCCUGAUUUUUUACACUUUCUUCAACGAAAACGAGAACCUACAAUUCUCCGAUCCCGCUUGCUCGUUUUUCCAAACCAUUAUUAUGCUAACUGGCGAGUUCAACGCCAAUGAUCUGUUCAACGAUAAUAAUCUGAUCCUUUCGUACCCCGUUUCUAGUCGCAUCGCUUUCGUGCUAUUUAUUUUUCUCAUCGUUAUCGUGUUGCGUAAUCUACUCAACGGCUUGGCAGUCAGUGAUAUCACCGAGAUCUUGAGCACGGCUGAGUUGGUUGGUCUUAUCUCCCGGAUACGCCUAAUUGCCUAUUUCGAGGAUAUGAUGAUCGGCAAUCCGUUUAAAUUUAAAUGCCUGCGACGUAAUCCUUUCAGCUUCCUCACCAGGAGAAUAUUUCUGUUUUCGGAUGAUAUAGAAGACGGCAUUAUUCACUUCAUGUAUGGCCGCAACAAUAUGUAUUACAUGCAUCAGAAAUUCGGUGCUUUUAAAAUAGAUUCAAAUAUAAUAAAAAAUAUUAAACAAACGACCUUAAAUAAGAAUCAAAUGUCAAGCAAGAAAAGCAUGAUGAUCACGUUGAAGAAGCUACAAGAAGAAUUGACGGCGAUCGAAAACACUUUAAAUAAUGCCCAAGUUUAAAACUUGACUUUAUAAGAUAAUUUAUUUUUUUUACUGAUAGCUUUAUUGCAAAUUUUACAAUCAUUUCUUUCUGCUUUCUCCCGUUUUUCAUGUUAUACGGUUAAUGAUUAUAAAAUCUUAGCUUUUGUAAUAUAUCUUACAUGAUCAUAUCACUUUUACCUUCCUCUUAAUUUCCUUUGGCGAUCGAAGGAUGCCAUGUCACAUCCAAAGUGUACACAUAGGCUCUUGCUAUGACCCGUAACUGCAUCUUUUGUAUUUUUCAUUAUUUUUAACUUUUCCUUAUUCUCAAUUUGUUAUUU